CUCCCAUUAGUCUACCGCGAGAGGUGAUCGCGUUCGGUACCUGUUUGCCAACACUCCCAGAGGUUCCCCGGUCUCGUUUUCGCACCGUUUCGUGGGUUUCGUGGUGUGGGUUUUCAAAAAAGUUUCAUAGUUUGAGUGACCGCGAUCGCGAUCGUACGCGCCAAGAGUUUUUCGGGAAGUUCAACAGACCGUCCCUAGUGCGAUGUCCCAAGGUUGGGUUUGUGGACAUCAUUAUUGGUUGUUUUUGGGGGCGACCUGUUUGAGGUGUCUGCCGUAAUUAGUGUGUUUACUUGAGGAGAGAGAUAGUUUGGAGACGCACGAGGUAGCCCCGAGAAGAACGUCGCACGCGUCUAGUAAAGGUGUGUGUGUUUGUGCGCGCGUGAGAGAGAGUGGCCACUUGGCGUGGUGAUCUACCCGGCUACUCUACGCCGCCUGGUGUCAACGAUCUCGGAGUUGGUAAUUGAGGAAGUUCGUGCGAUCGCGAUCGUACGCGGUAGCUUUCACAAUGUCCUCGGGGAAGCGAUCGAGCUACGAGUUGACCACCCCUGCGGUGGACGAGGAACGUCCGCACAGCUUCUACGACAACCUGAACACAUCGUCCGGAAGUUCCGGUAGCCGCGUCAUCCAGAUCCCGGACAUUCAGUUCAAGUUCGAUGACGACAUCCCGAUGGGACGCUCUUCGGCGCUGCUGAUGAGUAACGCCAAGUCGGACUUUUUCGGACUUUCCAAAAUCCCGGACGAGGAACCGGACGAUGAGUCAGACGGGCGGUUGCUCGCGGACCGGCGGACACCUCCGACGAUCGUGCCACCUGCGGCCACGACCGCAACCAGUUCCAGUUCGCCGAGCUCCACUGCCAGUACGGUACCGGCGGCACCGCCGGGAUCGCCGGAAGACUCGCCCCGAUCAACGUCCCGACCUGCCUCUGCCCAGCGUAACAUCACCAUUCGGUUGCCGGAAGAGGGCGCCCCCUCGGAGGCCGUCUACAUGACGACAACCGUGCCGCAGAACUUUGCCAAAAACAGCAGCACCCUGAUCGGUCGCCACAAACCCACCCGCAGCAGUCUCCGCCACAGCCGGAUGCUGGUCGUGAACAACAAAAACUACCACCAACGGUUCCCCAAGGGCAACUCCCUCAACCUGCGCCACAUCCGGCUCAGCCGACUGCUGAUGCUGCUCAAGGUCGCGAUCGGUGCCGUACUUACGCUCGUCGGAAUGACCAUCAUCGUGUGGUCCCCGAACACCCACACCAAGGACAACCCGUACUGGUCGGGGAUGAUCCUGCUGCUGAGCGGGGCGCUGUUUCUGUUUCUGUUCGACUUUAAGCGAAGACCCGCGAAUCGCCUUCGGGAGAAUUUCUUCAACUUUGUCCGCAUCAACGCGCUGGUCGUCCUGCUGUUGACGAUCUUCUUCACCAUGUUGGCGUUCAUCUACGCGCUCAUCCACACCACGAACCUAAGCUCGGCCAAUCUGCGCUGUGAGCCGGAGUACCACUUCAACGUAAACUCGUCGAGUUGCGUUUGCCUGAUCGAUCCGCGAUCGCCGCAGGAAGUCGCGGAAGCGGCGAUGGCCGUCAGUGAUGUGAGGAACGAAGCGGCUGGAGGGGGUGGAACGGGAGGAUACUUUGACCGUAAUGAGGAUCAGGAGGGGGAGGAGGACUUUGGUAGAAUGAACUUGACGACGGGACUUGCCGUGGUGGCGAGUACGAUUGGGCCCACCAUUAUGAGUGGGCUGGAUCUGAGGAAGGCGGCGGAGCAGCUGGAAGAUGAGGGGGUCAUUCGGUUGGAGUAUCGCGACUUCAACUGCCGCGAGGUGGUCAGCAUCUGGUACUACGUAACCCUUGGCUCGACCAUCCUGAACAGCAUCGGCUGCCUGCUGGCGGCCGCCUUCCUCGUAAUCUACGGCGUCGAGUGCCAACGGCGCGAGCACGAGCUCAAGUACCUGAGCGUACGAACCAACGGCAGCGAACCUGUGCCGACGGCGCCCAAAAUCAGCGAGACUGCCGUGCAGGAUAGUGGCGGAAAGGAGGACUCGGACGGGGAGCAGACAGAGCGGCCUGGCAGUGCUGCCGCCAACGUUACCGAAAGUAUUGACGAGAAGACGAGCGAGGGGGCGUGAUGCAAAGAUACAACGUGACUUUGUGUCGAGGUUUUGUAUUAUUUUUAUAAAACAAUUUAUGUUUUUACAGUAA